AUGAGCAACGAGCAGCGAUCGACCCCACCCCUCACCAACGAACAAAAGCGACAUUCACGAAACCCUUCCCAUCUGGCCGCGUUGAAAAAGGUACAGCUCAAUGGCGCCCCGAGCAGGAGCCAUGAAAAUGUCCUGUCUUCACUGCGGGCCACACAGCUCGUCGAGUCGAAGCCAUUGUUGCCGGCGGAAUUGUUAGCAUCCAUCUUGGACUAUCUCCCCGUGCCGGAUUUGCUGCGAUUUGCUCGCGUGUCGCGGAGAUUGCAGGAAAUGGUGUACGAUGACACGCGAUGGGUGCAAAAGUUAAAGGCCAUGAAGGCUUGGGAUGAAGCGGAAGCGAGACGGCGGGCGGACGAUGCGAUGAAGAGAAAGACCGAGUCACAAUUGGGGAAACUUAGCACGGAUGAUGCGGGGAGGGGAGGGCAUAGCAGGAGACAUGGCGGCAGUGUCACGCUGUUUGAUGCCGGGGUGGAGGAAGCACAUCAUCGUGCUUCGGUGGAGAGUCCCAUACGUCGAACGGCGGAUGGAUUCGACAAAUUGGCCGUCAAUGGCUCUGCCCAACCAUCGACAUGGGAUGCAAAGGCCGCUCUUGGAGUCUUCACACGGGUGAGAUCUAUCAGAGGGCACGCCAGAAAAGAGUUUGCUAAGGUCUAUGGCGCGUUGGGGCCGGUAUAUCUUGAUUUGUCGCACGUCAAAGGACACUCGGACGCGCUCAUCUUUCGUACAUAUCGUGACCCAGAACAGCAAGCUCAGAUGCUGGCCAAUCUGAAACGCUUCGCGCAGUGUGAUGCUGCAUCAGGCUGCAUUGAACGAGAAGAGCGGCUGGACAGCAUGAUCAAUGUGUUUGAGAAUGCUGUGCUGAGGGAGUUUGAGCAAGGCUGUGUUGCGGCCGACAUUGACGGAAGGGUACAUCGGUACGCGCAUGUCAUGGUCACUCUGAAUGGCGGUGCUGCAGCGAUGGACUCUAUGAUCUCCAAUCACCCACUUCUGACAAGAACCAAGAAGAUAGGCAAUCCGCUUGACUGUCUGGAAGCUGUCGCGUAUGGUCAUGUCGACCUCAAUCCAUCUCAACGCUUCUUCGAAGCGGUGGCUGAUAUGAUGGCACAGCAAGCAGACAUCAUCGACAGGUCAUUUCCCCCAAGUGUGGACGUGCUAACGCCGCUAUGGUCGCGCGUGUGUGAGGAGACCAUCGCGCAAUACCUCACAACACUCUUCGAUGAGGCCCACUCGACUGGAGCUGAGACAUAUGUCAAAGCUGUGGCAGGUACAUUUGGGCAGGCUCUCCGGCUCCUGGCCUCGCUCAAGCCAACAAAAGCAUCACCACCAGACUUUGCUGAGCAGUCCAAGCACGCCCUCGUGCAAUGUUUCGAGAAGCACUUUGAUCUCUAUCUCGCUGAGGAGUAUCAACUCUUUCGCAGCAAAGCUGAGUCGGAUGUCAGUCGGUGGGAAAAGGAACUAUCCGAGCAGGAGGCGUCCACUGAAUCAUACUUCAUGUCCAACGUCAACCGACAGGCUGCCAAACGAGACUUUCUCUCAUCUUUCAAAAAGGUCGUCAUGAUGCCAGUCAACGCAUUCCCAAUCUCGUCACCCUUUGGAGCGAAGCCUGCAAGCGUUGCCAGUCGAUCGGCUGCAAACAUGAAUACAGUCGACACUGCGUACGCUGGUGGAGGAUCAAGAAGUUCCACACCUCCGGCUGGAGAUAUGCCUGCACGAUCCGCAACACCUCUACAAGAAGCUCCCACCGAUGAACUUGCCGCAAAGGCUGCCAUCAUGAACUCCAAAUUGGAAGGCAUCAAGUCCCUGUUCAGUAUUGAGAUUGCGCUCAACCUCACUCAUCUUGUCAAAGCAUCGAUUGAAAGAGCGGCGUUGAUGGUUCAGAUGGGAGGCGAGCAAGGUGCCGAUGCGCAAAAGCAAUGCCGUGCAAUCUUUGUCACCAUGCUUGACAUUCUUGGAACUCGCCACAUUAAGAACGGCUUCGACAAGGCAGUCGCCCAUCUAGGUGCCUACAAUCCCCGCGAGGUCAGAAAGUUCCGAGAACAGGCCAAGACGGGUGAGUCCUCCGCAGCUGCAACGAAUGCUCAAGUUGGUGUCGAACCACUCGUCACCUUCCUCGAACUGGUCAAUAUUGGAGAUCUCAUCCAGCAAAUGGUGGAUGUCUUUUACGCUCAAGAGCUCGUCUCCACCAAACUCACCGAGCGCGACGACUUCCUCGAUCCUGCCGUCAAAAGCAAGAAGAAAUUCGAACAAAUGCUCGACGAGCGCGUAGCAGCAGGCUUGAACAAAGGCAUCGACGUCCUCAUGGAUGAAGUCGAAUACAUAUGCGCCACAACCCAACUCCCCACGGACUUCAACCCUGGAAAGGAGCUUGCCGACGUCGGACCCAGCGCUACUGCAAGACAAGUCGUUGAGGUUGUAGGAGGACAUAGUGGCAUGCUGGUCGGUAGUACCGAUAAGAACAUGCUAGAUGUCUUCAAUCAGGAGGUCGGAUUGAGAUUGUUCGGUGCGCUGUGUAAGCACUUCAAACGCCAACGCAUCAGCGUCGAUGGCGCCCUCCGCUUCAUCAGCGACAUCAACCACUACAGCGCCUUCAUCUCCUCUCUACGCCAGARACAACUCGCUCCCUACUUUGAAGCUCUGCGGGAAAUGUCGCAAAUCUACCUGGUGUAUAUCGAACCUCCCGGGGCGUCGUAUUUUGGUCGCGGAGGUGCAGCUCCGACUACCAACCGCAUCCGUGACGAUGAGAAGAAGGCUAAGAGAAGCAGUUGGCUCCCCGGGUCCAAAGUCACGAAUACAAGCCUGCAAGCCAAGGAAUUGGCGACGAUUGUGGCGGAUUCGACGAGAUAUCAUGGCAUUUUUCCCGCCGAGGAGGUUUAUGAAUUUGCGGAACGGAGAGCGGAUUGGUUUUUGGUUAAAGGGGAUGUGGAUACCGCCAUGUAUGGGCAGGGAUGUGAGAUUAUGUAG